AUGCCGUCUUUCAUCUUCCCCCCAAGCUUCACCGCCGCCCACUUCGAACGUGUCGUCAAGCAGUUCGUCGAGCCGGCCUGGCAGGAAGUCGCCGAGGCCAUCUACCCCGUCAUCAUCACGUCCUGUCGAGAGUUGCCAGAGGCCGAGUGCAAAAUGCCGAUAGGAGCGGGACGCCAACGCCUGGAGUCGCGCCGAGUGCUGCAAGUCGACGGCCAGUGGGCGGGUCCUGGGCGUGGGAUGGCCACCGUGCUACUCAACCCCGAGGUGACCAGGGCCAUUUUGAACCGGAACGCAUGCGAAGCCGCCCCAAAGAUCAUGGGACCGAUCGUGGAGAAGGUCUUCCGGGACUACGCCAACGUCGAAGUCCUCACGAUGCCUGUGCGCCCGCGCCUCGUCGUCCAGUUCCCUCACGACAAGGACCAGGGUUCAUACCUCCAUUGUGUCUUCAAGGUCACGUUCCGAAACAGCGAGGUCUGGUUUUUGGACCUGACGUAUACCCAGUUUGGGUUCGAAUCCUGCUGGGCACCGCAGAGGGAGUACCGCGGCCUGUAUCAAAACUGGGUUUUCGACAAGGAUCAAGACUUUUGCCGCCCGUUAGACGCGAACUACAAGAUGUAUGGCAAUUUGCCUGCCGACGACCGCCAGCUCAACGACCUUUUGCGAGAGUCCUUACGCGCGGAGUUCUCGCGGUUUCGUCGAGAACGCGGCAAGAACAUCCACCAAAUGGUCGACAAUGGCCAAGAACUUCGGGCCUUGUUUCGCGAGCUGAGACGUUGUGCAGAUGAGGUGGUGGCGGAUCUCGCGCAUGGUUGA